GCUGUCUGCGGGCGUCGCGACGCAGGCGUCAUUUGCUGCUCCGACGGCAAGCGUCCACGUAGCCGCAUCGCCCGCUCUCGCCUAACAGACAGCAGACCGCUGGCCGCGCGUGUGCAGUGAGUGACAGAGAGAGAGACAGCCAGCCAGAGAGGAGGCACCCCAGCAGGAUGCGACCCGCCCCCGCGCUCUCCGCCCUCGCCGCCUCCGCCUGCCUGCUGCUGAUCGCCUCCAGGCACAGCAGCUUCGUCGACUCGGCGCCCGUCGACGAGCCGCCUCGUCAGCAGUCGCAGCCCCACUCCGGUGCAGAAACAGCCGAAGAUCAACCGCAAGCGAACUUCGACGAGGUGAAGCAGCUCGAAGACCUGAAGAAUUCCUUCGGCAAGACGUUCUCGGUGCUGAAGUCACACUCCGCCACCUACUCCGACGUGAACGGGGAGCGGCGCGCCCACUCGCAGACCGACGAGGAGGCGCGUGAAGACGGGCGCGUGGUGGCGCACCUGAGCAAGACCUCGGAAGGGGAGGCGGCGGUGGGGGCGACGCCCUCGACGCGGACGCGCGUCGAGCUGAGCCUGCCGCAGCUGGGCGUGCACGCAGUCGCCGGGGAUUCCCCCCAGCAGCAGCCGCGCCAGCCGGGGAAUAACCAGGAGGCGUCGCGGGCUGCCGGCGCCGCCAUGCCGCCACAGCAGCGCCGCAGGGCGCCCCCAGAGACCGCGGGUGACAAAUUGUCAUCGUAUGCCGGGAUCCAGUAUUCACCACAAGACAUGGCAGAGUACGUGUUCUGGACCGGAGAUGAGAAGGGAGUGACGCUGGCCAUUGAAGAGUUCUUGCAGGAAGGACUGAUGACUCGGGAGGAGGCGAUCCGUUUCCUUCAGGACAUCAAGCUGAACCUGGACCUGCUGCAGCAGCAGUUCUCCCAGCAGAAACAGCAGGAGCAGCAGAUGGCCAAGGAUCGGGCUACCCUCCUUCAGAAGGCACUGGGUCUCGACAAGCCAGAAGUUCCGGUGACUUCAGAACCCAAACUGCUCCCACAGGACAAUGAAGUACUGCAGAAUGACAAGAAGAAUACUGGCUCACAUAUUGAAACCAACAAAGUUUCUGACAGUUCCGAUGAGGACUACGAGGAGCUGCUGGAGAGGUUGAAGGUGGUGGACUUCCUCUACACGGAGUACUCGCUGGAAGAGGUCAUUUACCAGCUGGCCAAGAUCAUGUUCACACAGUCUCUCACCAGGGGGAGUGCUGAGGCCCAGAGUGCACUACAGAAGUUCACGGCAUUCCUGGAGGCAGAGGCAGAGCAGGGACACAUUUCGCGCAGCCUCGAGAAGAAGGUACUCGACGUGCUGAUAGCAUCGCUGACGGACACGCUGUCGGAAAAGCCGCAGCUGCUGGCCGCGGCUCGCGAAGGCCUGGCCAACGGCGCACCCCUCCACACGGCUCCCGCUACCGGUGGCCUCGGUGCUGGCAGUGCAGGUGGGGCCAGUGCCAAGGACCAGAUGCUGCUGCGCCAGCUGCUGAGCCUCGCGCCCACGGCACAGCCGGGGUCAUCGCGCGGGCGGCACGGCGGAGAGGGUGAAGUCGCCAGUGACGCUCGGGCCGGUUCCGAGGUGGGGGCGGUGGGAGCGCGUGCCCACUCCGCCACUUAGACGGCUGGGGGGAUGCGGUGUGCAGUUCCCCGUUACCUCCCCACUCUCGUGUCUCCUUGCCCCUCUCAGCAACUGUUUGCUUUUCUGCAUUUUGCUUACUUAAUCCAGCCCAUAUUUGCUAUUUGUUACAGCUAAUGAAUUGUUAUAAAAGGAAAAUGGACCAUGCAUAGACAGAGAAUAUUCCUUCACUGUCAUCAUUUUACUAGAAAUAAUAAUCUCCAUAAAUUUAGAACGGGAACUUGUGGGUGGGUCCAUAUUUUUCUGAAAAUAACUUUUCCACAGUUACUAUUUAUUGUUUAUAUUUCAUUAUUUGCAAAUUGUUUCAGAGGUCCAGCCCCAUUCCCAAGUACUUAUUGUUGUAACCGAUCAAGUUGCCCACAGUCAGGCUUCACUGUUGCCAGGUUCAAGCUUGACAUCUUGGCCACUUACAAGAAGAUCCAGGCUCAUGUCUGGAUUAUCGAUCUGACUGCUGCCCUUCUAUCUGUCACAGCACUAGCAGGGGGAGGGGCGGCAAGUCUCUUGCCCCAGUCACCCUUUACAUCCAGAAAAGAUACACAACACUCACUGUGACAGCAUUAAAAAUUUCCACCCCUACCCAAGUUUGAGCCCAUAAACCCACCCUCCCACUCCAUCACCCACCACCCACCCAGUCUCUCCCUCUCUACACAUUAUUGUUAACUGUCAAUGUCAAUAAUUAUCAAGAAAACUAAAUGUCAGGAAAACAUUCAGGCCCUAUGAUUCAAGAUGGCAUUUGGAUGCACCAGGAAGAUUGUACUGCUUAACAGAAUUAUUUAGCUUAAUUACAAAGAAAAGACAUCUAAAAUUUCAUGGAUAUAUAGCACGAAUCAGUGACACGAUUAACAGAGAAUCUUUGUCAUAGUAAAGGUAACCUGUGAAAUUGAAGGACAAUAGCUAGCCAACAAUCGGAAAAAAAUCUCAAGGAAGUCACAGAUGGCAUAAAAACACAAUUUCACCUCCUGUAAGUUCAUGCCCAAACAACUGGCAGAAAGAAGUCUAAAAAUGAAAAAUGUAUGGUCCUAGGACAAUAAUGGAAGUAAGAAGAAUUUUUGGCGAGAUGUAAAGACUAAAGAUAAUAGUGACUGUAUAUCCUCUAUAAAAGCCCAAAUGUAUAAAUAAUAAUAUUAUUAAACAAUAAACUUUAGCUGUGGAACUUCCUAUUUGCAGAAAAAUGUUGUGAUUGUCUCUACGAUCCACUUGCCUGCAAUUAUCUUCAUUUCUCCCUGCCUUUCAUACAUAAUUUUCCUCUUCCUUUCUUCCAAACAAUGUUGUCCCCCAAAAAAAAUAUUCUUAAUAGGCCUGUUAUGCCUUCUUCCACUUGUUUUUUGAGAGCUGUCUCUGGAUUUAUUCCUUUUAGUAGUAUUUCAUUUGUUGUUCACUCUGUCAGACUGGUUUUGGAGGAGAAUGACCAAAACCAAACUCCAGCUGCUUCUAGAUAUUUUAUAUCAACAGGUUAAUUCCUACAGAACAGGAAAUCAGCAACAGGCCAUUGUUAAUAAUGCUGUUUAUUGAGAACAGUCAAUUGCUGCUGAUUUACUUGUUUGUAAGAGUUAACCUCUAUUUUUACACAGCCAUUAUCUCACUAUGUCAGUUUUCAACAAAACAGCAUUUCAUAUAAUACUUCAACAGAGUUCAGUUUUUAUACCCAUACAAUAGCAUAGAUCAUAUGUAUCUUUUGAUACGUAGUAAACCUCCUUGUCAUAGAACAUAAAUUACUACUUUAAGAAUAGUUUCAUUUCAUAACUGAGAAAGUAUCAACACACUUCCUAUACAUUAAAAAUACAAUAGUAUUCUGUUACCUCGUACCAACUCUUUAUGCAAUGUGACAACAUGUAAAACUGACACAGUACGUGCUUCAAAGCUUCGAGAGAGAAACUCGAAUUUUACGGCUUCAAAUUUACCUUUCAAAGAAUGAAGGAGAGAUAUUUUUCCCUCGCUCAUAGUCUCUCCUCUGCAUUUCACUUCCUUAUGUCAGUAUGUACUCCUCUUACUCUCUUUGUGAUAGUGAUUUUUCUUCUUUGACAUUUAUCGCCCCUGUGUUGUGCCUUUAGCUACUGAAUCCUUCAGCUAUUUACCGGGCAAGGAGACACAACGAGCAAAGUGAAAUAUUGCUCUUUCCUGAUUUUUCCUUAUUUGCUGAGUAUAGUAAACAUUGAGUUGUUCUGUCCUAGAAGAGUCCAGUUUUAGUUCCAGUGCUUUCCAUAAACGUAACUUCCUGUGAACAUGUACAAAAUUCUAUUAAUAAUAUGCAACCAGUAAAUAUCUAUGGUUCUAUAGCUAUGAAAAUAUUGGCUAAAAUUAUAUGAAUAAAUCAAAAUACUACAAACAUUUUUCAUCCAUAUACUGUAUCACAUCAAUGUCUAAAGUAAAUUUAUGAAAAAUGCACCAGAUCAUUAUUCUUUCAGCUAUUAUACACUAAAGAAAAAUCUGUACAAUGUGUGUGAUAUAAGUUUAAGUUUAGGAUGUUUCUGUGCAAGAUAAUCAGUUCACAUUCCAGAACUUUUUUUUUCAAUUGCCAGAAAUAGCAAAUUAUGUAUGCAGUGUAGCUGACACCAUUGCUAGCAUUUCCAGUUUAGCAUAGCUGCAACUUCCAUACCUCUGUAUCAGUGUACCAGAGCAACUUUCUUGGUGUAGUGCCAUAUCUUUUUUUUAAAUUUAAGUAGGUUGUAAAAAUACAUGUUAUUUUCUUAGAAAUUCUAUAUUUUAUUACCGGAACAGUGAAGUAGUAAAUGUAAGCAUUUAUUACUCUUGUAUAACAUAACUUAAAUAUUUUGAAUAGAUAUGAGCAUCAGUAAUGCAGUCUAUGGUUUUUUGGUUAGAGUUAAGUGAAUUACAGCCAUCAGACAUUAGUACAAUUUUCUGUGUGUCUUUCGCAACCACAAUGUUAAAUCAUUCCAUCAUUGUUUUCAAGUCAAGUGAAAGUUGCGUAUCCUCCUUCUAGAGAAUAAAUAAAUAUGCAUGGAAGACAAAUAAUAUUAUUUCUAUGAAAGUUUGUCAGUUGCCUUUAUAGUUCAUUUGCAGUAGCACUAUUAAUUAUUCCAAAAAUAAUUUUCUUAUGCAAGAGGAACUAUACAAGAACAGAAGGACGUCCAUUUAAUUUCAUAUUUCACAAUUCCAUCUGUACAAAAAUUGUAACUAUAUAAAAUUUGCAUGUAUAUUAGAUUCAAUACUUACCCUGGUAAAAUGCAGUAAGAAGGCAAUUUCUACAAAGUGCAUGACAAAUUAUAUCUGCCAGAAUAUUUCAAUUGCCACAUAUGUACCAGCAAUGAAUUUUCCUUCUUUUCUGCCUAUGAACAUGCAGGGUAAAAGCACUCUGUGGUGCUGAUAAGAGAAUGAUGAGAGAUGGCAUUCACAAGCACAUCUACACUCAGUUAAAAUAAAUAAACAAAUAGAGAAAACUUUGGAAUUUAGAUGGCUUGAGUAAUAUGAAGUUCCUUUUUGACAAGAAAAAAGUGUGUCAGUAAUGACCUGUUUCCAGUGAAUUUUGUUUACUGCCACAGGCUGCAUAAUAAGUGAAACCACCUGGAACAAUAGACUGUUUGUGAAUGCUGUCCUCUAGUAUGUGACUGAGAAACAAAGGGACUUCGAUAUACAAACCAAAAAAAACCACUCACAAUUUAUGGAAGUAAUUUACAUAUCUCAUCUCUUCCUGAUGUACCAGAAAAUAAUGUAUUAUAUUCUCAUACUUACAUAUUGUUCCUUACAGGAAAAAAAUAAAAUAAUUCACUGAUGUAAUAAGUUGGUAUGAAAUUAAACAGAAAUAGUACUGAUUGAUUA